AUGCAUACCCUCUUGAUGCUGGCACUACGGCCAGAACUUCUCAGGGAACCUCAGUUCAGGUCUUCACUAGCUGGCGUGUUCCUCUCCGCCCGUUCUGCAGCAUGGCAAUUAGUACGACGUCUGACGAGUAGAUCGUCGACAUCUAAGAUCAAACCAAUGACUCCGGGCUCAUUCGUCAGACGGCCUCAGGGUGUAGCAACUGUACAGCCUGCGCAGAAUGCAGGCACUAGAGACUUGACACUUCGAUUCGAGACGCCAAAGACCUGA